CUGUGGAGGUGUGAGUAACUGGCGUGCGUGCUCGCUCCCCCAGUCCCGAGUCCCGACUGCAUCUGCAACUCACUUGUAAACAACAAGGCUACUGGUCUCUGAGACACAGAACACCUGCCAGAAACAGCGGUGUAUAAGGGAAUUGCUAUGUCUUUCACACCACCUCCUAGCUCCUGUGACUGUUUUGUAUCGCUCCCACCUGCCUCGGAUGGUCCAUUUGUUAUAUUUGCAAAAAACUCAGAUAGACCAUGUCAGGAGGUACAAGAAGUUGUGUACUACCCUGCAGCUACCUACACCUCUGGGUCAAAGGUCAAGUGCACCUUUCUGGAUGUGGAGCAAGCUCCAGCGACCUUUGCAGUUCUGCUGAGUCGCCCAGCUUGGCUCUGGGGGGCUGAGAUAGGAUCUAACGAGCAUGGGGUCUGUAUUGGAAAUGAGGCUGUGUGGACCAAGGAACCAGUAAAAGAAUGUGAUGCGCUACUGGGCAUGGAUCUGGUCAGAUUGGCUCUAGAGCGUGCUCCUUCUGCACAGGAAGCAGUGCUGGUUAUCACUGAACUGCUGGCACGUUAUGGCCAGGGUGGCAACUGCAGAGAGGACACCCAACCACUGAUGUAUCACAACACAUUCUUGAUAUGUGACCGAUCUGAAGCAUUUGUGCUGGAAACAGCAGGGCAGUACUGGGCAGUAGAGAGAGUUACUGAAGGUGUACGGAACUUGUCUAACCAACUGAGUGUAGCUUCACAUCUGUGGUCUGAACACCCGCAAGUCCGUUCUCAUGCUAAGGACCAGGGUUGGUGGGAUGAGAAAGAAGAGUUUAAUUUCUGCAAAACAUAUUCCCUUGAGAAACAACCGGAAAGAAUGGAGUUAGCAAAGGCACGGUAUAAAGCUGGAAAGGAAUUGCUGAGGAAUAUAGAAGGACAUGUUACUAUAGAGACCAUGUUUCAAAUAUUGAGAGACAAGGAUAGUGGGAUAUGCAUGAACUCUGGUGGUUUCUGCACUACAUCCAGUAUGGUGUCUGUGUUGCCCGUCAACCCCCAAUCACCUUGUGUGCAUCUGCUGACUGCCACACCUGAUCCAUCCAGGUCUGUUUACAAGCCUUUUGUGUUUGGUCCAUGGGUGACCCAGGUGCCAUGGGUGUUGUCACCCAUAUUUGGGGAAAGUGAUCCCAUAAGGAAGAUUCCUCGUUUCCACACCAAGGUGGAUCGGAGACACACAUUAUACAAGUGCCACCAAACAACGCUGGAAGAAUGCAGACACAGUAAGGAUGCUGAGCAGAAGUUGCAUGAAAAACAGAGGGAAUUGGAAGCUCAGAAUCUCCAGUUGGUUAAAAAGCUGUUGAAUGGAACCAUGACUGAUAACUUAACUGACUUACCUGACAUAUUUCUGCAUAGUGUGGAGAAGGAACUAGCUCUUUACAGAGGGGCGAUAGAGAACAAUAGCAGUACUAUAACAUGAUAUAACUGUGAGAUCACUUGCUGAUCAGUGGAAAUAAAUACAAUCAGUGCACAUUUACAAAAUCA